AAGGGGUCGCGCUCUCGCAGCAGGAGGAGCUGGAUCUGGAACCAGUUCUUUGUGAUCGAAGAAUAUGCCGGGCCUGAACCUGUGCUCAUUGGACGGCUCCACACAGACAUGGACCGGAAUGAUGGACGCACAAAAUAUGUCCUGCGAGGCGAGGGGGCGGGCUCGGUCUUUGUGAUAGACGAAAAGACGGGUAACAUCCACGUCACCAAGCCGCUGGACCGUGAGGAGAAGGACGAGUACCGUCUCAUUGCCACAGCCACCGACAGGCAAACCGACCGUGCCCUGGAGCCCUCGUCACAGUUUAUAAUCCGGGUGCAGGACAUAAAUGACAACCCGCCUGUCUUUGAUGAAGGCCCCUACAGCGCCACCGUGCCUGAGAUGGCAAAUAUAGGCACGUCUAUAAUCCAGGUGACAGCGACAGAUGCUGAUGACCCGACUUAUGGGAACAGCGCCAAGCUAGUGUACACACUGGUGCAGGGCCAACAGUACUUCUCUGUGGAUCCCCAGACAGGUAUUCUGCGUACAGCUGUACCUGACAUGGACAGGGAGGCCCAGGACCAGUACCUGGUGGUGCUUCAGGCCAAGGACAUGGGGGGCCACUUGGGUGGAUUAUCAGGGACCACCACCAUCACUGUCAGGCUCUCUGACGUCAACGACAACCCUCCCCGGUUCACUCAGAGUAUGUGGUCCUUCUCCGUUUCCGAGCUGGCAAUCCCGGGUGCUGAGAUCGGGCGCAUUUCAGCUACUGAUGCCGACCUUGGCGAGAACGCCAAGUUGGAAUAUACCAUUCUGGAGGGGGAGACCGGGGACACGUUCAACAUCACCGGAGUGAACCAAGAGGCUGUCAUCACGCUCAACAAGGCCGUAGACUAUGAGAGCCGGAGCUCCUACUCUUUUUCUGUGGAGGUCCUCAACCCCAUCGUGGACCCUCGCUUCCUGCGUCGAGGCCCCUUCAAAGACCGGGCCUCCAUCAGAGUAGCAGUGCUGGAUGCAGAUGAGCCCCCAAGGUUUUCCCGGGCGCGAUAUCACAUGGAUGUAUCUGAGAACUGCCCGCCAGCCUGCACUGUGGGCCGGGUCAGCGCUGUAGACCCUGAUACUGGUCUGACCAAUAAUAUCAGGUUCUCUAUUGAUCCUCAAUCAGACCCAGAGGCUCUGUUUCGUAUCACCCCAGACACCGGCCUCAUCACCACCGCCAUGGAACUAGACCGGGAACGGGAACACUGGCACAAUAUUACUGUCAUUGCAACCCAGAGAGACAAUCCCAGCCAGGUGUCCAGAGGUUUGGUUGCAAUAGAGACAUUAGACCUGAAUGACAAUGCACCUGAGCUGGACAGGCAAUAUACAACAGCCAUGUGCGACUCAUCCUCCAUCGGGCAGGUGGUGCAGGUGUUGCGGGCGAUUGAUAGAGAUGAGGGAGGGAAUGACAGCACUGUGUAUUUCAGCAUCCCUCCGGAGUCCAGCGUUGCCCUUAACUUCAGCAUCAGGGACAGUGGUGGCCCCACAGCCAGCCUGGUGCUGCUGUCCCAGCUCCAGCCGCUGUCCCGUUCCCCAUCCUCCACCCUAACGCUCUACGUGCCGCUAGUCUUGAGGGACGGGACUUCAGGCCUCACCAGUACUGGGACGGUCACUGUGUCUGUCUGUCCCUGCCUGAGAGGAGGGGCACGGGCCGGGGAGAAAGAGAAGGACAAACAGACGGAAGGCGAGUGGGACUGGGAAAGAGAGGCAGUGUGUCUCCCUCAGCAGUCCACACUGCCAUCCCCUGGGCUCAGUACAGCCGCCCUGCUAGCUAUCCUGGCUUGUGUUGCUACACUACUAGCGGUGAGUGCCCUGUCAUUGUCAUUGCGCCGUCAGAAGCGUGACUCCCUGUCACCACUGGAGGAGGACGACGUACGUGAGAACAUCAUAACAUAUGAUGACGAGGGUGGGGGGGAGGCUGACACAGCUGCCUUUGACAUCGCAGCGCUCCAGAGUGCUCCGCACAGCUCGCGCUCACAUGGCUAUCGCACACUGGACAGCAGGAAUAUACGUUACACACAUCGUUGCCAAGACAAAGCUCGUACCUAUAGCUGGGCUCAGAAUCCAGGUGUGGAUCACAACUACUCAGGACCAGGAGGACCCCUCUAUGGUCGCCUCUGUUACAGCAGCCACACUUUACCUGUUCUCCGACGCACGCCAGGCGGAACAUUUGAGCCAGGCCUGGCAGAGCUGGGAUAUCGCUUUCCUGGAGGCCAGCCAGACCACUCCCUGGUCAUCCAAAACCAGGGGGCCAUGGUAGGGCCGAUGGAAUCCGGGGCAGUUUACAUAGCCCCCACAGACCUUAGCACAGGAAGCCGAACAGGGAGUCGCACGGGAAGCCGCGAUGGGACCGCACCCCAGAGUGCAGUGAGCACUUCAGAUGGAGGAACGCCAAGAACCAGUGACAGCCAAGAGAGAGGAGGAGGGACAAGAACUGUAAGCAACUACACAGAGGGGAGCAAUGAGGACAAAGUGAACCACAGUCAAGAUGUGGACUGGGUGCAGUCGGAGACAUUACCCAGGGAGCAUAAUCUCGUCAUGACCCGAUCCGGCUCCAUGAUUGGCCAGGGUCACGGGGCAGGAGGCUGGGUAAGUGACUCAGCUACACUCCCCCUGGCGGGACGCAGGGCCUCCCGCGCCGGCUUGUCCCCAAAACGCACAGGCUCUGACCAGGCUGAGUCUGACUCCAACGGAGGAGGUACUGGAGUAGGAGGGGGAGGAGGAAAUGGAGGUGGAAAUGGAACCAGAGGCACUUCCACAGAGGGACAACAGCAACCUGCCAGUGGACGCAACUACGCCACUGUGCUGCAGGGGGAGGUAUCUGGACAAAGGGACUAUGCCGGCAGCUUAGGGAGAGGAGGACUGGAGAUGGGGAGCAACUUUGUGGUGGCGAGGCCAGACAGGGAGGGUGGAGGGAUGUCAUUGACUGGGACUCCAUCUGUCUACACAGAAGCAGCUGGCUUUAUUGGGGACUGGCGUGAUCGGGUGGGUCUGGGGGGUUAUGCUUUGGGCAGGAGGGAUAUGACCCCACAGCUUUUGCCCUUCCCAGGGCAGCCUCGAGGAGCGUAUGGUGGAGUGAUGGGCUUUGGGGCCAGUUGGGUUCCAGGAAUGGAGGGAGUGAGAGGGGCACCCGGGCCUGGGGGUCCCUCUUUGGCACUAAGGGUGGGUGAAUUCUUACGUCUGCGUCUUGCCCAGGUCACUUUCGACCCUUCACAGCCACCGUAUGACUCGGUGCAAGUGUACGGCCUGGAGGGCACAGGGUCCAGGGCUGGAUCACUCAGCUCACUGGAGAGCGAAGGAGAGAAGGAUACAGAGAAGGAGGAUUGGGGGGCAGGGCUGGAAGAGUGGGGUCCCCAGUUCCAGAAAUUAGCCCAACUCUACAAAGAAAGGGAGAAAGAGAGGGAAGAGAAGGAAAAAGUUGAAGAUGAGUUCUGGAGUGCUGCGCCAACUAAACCACUUGGCGGAACUGAUUAUCCCACCUCCUGA